GUGAAUCGUAAUGUUCUUUGAAGUCCAAUUAAUAAUAAUUAUCGAAAAUGAAAAAAUAAGUCAUAGAUAGAAAUAAAGUAUUUAUUUCUAAAAAUUUUACAAUUAGUAAUUAAGUUACUUCUAUGGUAAAUAUUAAGUACUACGGUUUAUUUUGAUUUAUAAUGAUUAGUUUAUUUUAUAUAAGAAUCAUUAAAAAAUGAUCAGUUGGAAUCUGCAUGAAAGGUUUCGAAAAAUUAUUAAAAAAUAACACAUGUAUUCAAAAACUUCAAUUAUUUGCUCUGCUUUCAAUCAAUGGGAACUUGUUUUACAUGUUUACGCUCUAAGAGUAUUACCAGACCAACAACACAUUGUAGUAGUUUUAAUGAUUGUGAUAAUGUUAUAGAUAAACGAGUUACAGGUACAGUCUUUUUGAGUUUUUCAAUUACUAAGCCAAGUUGUAAUGAAAUAGUUUCCCCUGUGAUAUCCAUGAAUAAUGGGGCACAUAAUGUCCCAAGUAUUGCAGCAGAUAGCAAUGAUAACUGUAGUAUUUUUCGUUCCUCAUUUACUUGUACUUUGACAUCAACACUUAACAAAACCAAUAUGCGUUUAAAUAAUUUUGCUGCUAAGAGCUUUCAGUCAAGGGUUCAAAAAUUAUUUGAUUGCUACAAAGAUUCUGUUGAAGAUUUAAUAUUAAUUGAUGGAAUUGAAAGAUUAUGUAGUGAUUUACAAAUGUCUCCUGAAGAAUUUCGUAUUCUUGUAUUGGCAUGGAAAUGUGAUGCCCAUCAAAUGUGUAGAUUUACACGAACAGAGUUUAUAAAUGGUUGUAGUUCACUACAAGUAGACACAAUACCGUUGAUGAAAAUAAAAUUAACUGAAAUGACCAAUGAUCUCAACUAUAAUAAUGAAGAGUUCAAAAGUUUAUAUAGAUUUACAUUCAAAUUUGGCUUAGAUAAUGUUGUGGGGCAACGAAUUUUACCAGUUGAUACAGCCAUUGUAUUGUGGCAACUAGUUUUCAGUAAACGCAAACCAGCAAUACUUCAACGUUGGCUUACCUUUUUGGAAACUCAAGAUAAUAUUAGAGGCAUUCCUAAAGAUACUUGGAAUAUGUUUUUAAAUUUUGCAGAAUCAGUCUUUAAUGGUGACUUAUCGAAUUAUGAUGAUACUGAAGCUUGGCCAAGCAUAUUUGAUGACUUUGUUGAAUAUGAAAAUGAUCAAGCUAAUCAAAAUAUCAGUGAUAAGGGGAUUGUAAAGAAAAAUAAUGAUAUUUCUUAGAAAAAAAAUUAUCAAAAUGAAUAUUAUUUUGUUUAAUUUUUUUUUUUGCAAUAUGUGAAUAAGAAAUUUUUUUUUACUUUUAUAAUCUGAUUAAAAAUAAAUUAUCAAAUUUAACUACACUUUUAUUGGCCAAGGAAAAAUAAUUUUCUGUUUAAAGUUGAAGUUAUACAAAUAUCUUUCAAUAACCAUCUCAAUUUUGAGUACAUAUUUGACUAAUUAUAAUUUAUUUUGGGUUCUUUUGACAAAACCUGCUUAUCAAAAUUAGCUUGUAUAAUAUUAAGUAAUUAUUAAAAUUUUAUUUUGUUAAAUAAGACGAGGUCAAUUUAUUAUAUAUUAUGAGUAUUAAAUUAAAUGAUUAAGGUUCCAUGCUUAUAGUUUAGUAAGGUGAUAUUAUUAUAUUUUUAACUUUUAUGUCUGUGUUCAGUUAAAAUUAAAUUUUUUAAAACUUCUCAUGUGUAAUAUUAUUAAAAAUAUAUUUUAAGAAAGAGAUUUGUAUUGACAAAAAUUAUAUUUUUUUAAAUUAAAAAAAAAUAUUAAAAACAACAUUGACUAUAUUUUAACAUUGAUAGCAUAUACUAAAAUUUUUAAGUAAGAAAAAGACUAAAAAUGAUAGUCAACAAAAUCCCUGUGAUAUUUUCAUGUAUGGAUUACUACUACCAUUGCAUAAAUUUUGUUAAAGUUGUGUGAUUAUUUUCCUUUACUUUAAAUAAUAAGUAAUGUUAAUUAUAAUGAUUUUCACCAGUUAUGUUGUACUGUAUAUACUUUACUUAAAUUAUUACAUAUAGUAACCAUACCUUAUGUAAAUAUUUUUGUAAUAAUAUAUACAUUUAAUUUAUUAUAAUUGUAUGGUAUGUAUAAAAUAUUAUUUAUUUCUAUAGUUUUUAAUUUAAAUUUCUUUUAGACUCGUAUUAAUAUUGAGUUACAUAAUAAAUGUGCAUAGUAAAAUAGUCAAGUGAGGUUCAUUAUUGGAAUAUACUGUAAUUAUCUGUGUAUAAUGUUUAUAUCAUGAAUAUUCUAGAAUAAUAGAAGUUCUAAACUUUAUUUAAUA